UUUAGACCCGGGCAUAUUUCUCUGCGGUCCUCUCUAACCUGAGCGGAAAGAGCCAAGAUGGCGCAGAGCUGGAGCUGGAGCAAGUUAGCGGAAGAAGCUGCUGUUGGUUAACGAAACAAGUAGAACUUUUGAACACUGACAGCAUUAGCAACAUUAACGGGCACGGUCAAACAAAACGAACCGCAGUUCAGAGUCUGGUGGUGAUGGCAGAGCGGCGUGGCGAGUGUGCGUGGAAGAGACAUGUGAUAGAGCAGCUGAAGCUCAGAGACCGUGUACAGAGACAUGCUUUUGAGGAAAUCAUCCACCAGUAUCACAGAUUACUGGAAAAGUCGGACCUUCAGGCUGUCCUGACUGAGCGAUACCAGGGUGACAAAUAUGAUGUCCAGAGAGGACAUGAUACCAGCGUGGCGGGGGACUUGAAUCGCAAUGAUGCUCUACAGCAUGAAAUGGCUCAGAUGAGAAUCAAACAUCAGGAGGAGUUGACAGAGCUGCAUAAAAAACGAGGAGAGCUUGCUCAAAGUGUCAUCGAAUUGAACAAUCAGAUACAACAGAAGGACAAAGAAAUCCAGAGCAACGAGGCCAAGUUACUGGAGUACCAGCAGCAAAUCAACGACCUAGAGGGAGACUGUCGGGAGCUCAGGAGCUACCUCCAGGAUCUAGAACGAGCCAAUCAGACGCUGAAGGAUGAAUACGAUGCCCUGCAGAUCACCUUUGCUGCCCUUGAGGCAAAACUGAGGAAGACAACGGAGGACAACCAAGAGUUAGUGUCACGCUGGAUGGCUGAGAAAGCCCAGGAGGCCAACCGACUGAACGCUGAGAAUGAGAAGGAAGGGAGACGCAGACAGGCCAAACUACAGAAGGAGCUGGCAGAUGCUGCCAAGGAGCCGCUGCCAAUUGAACCUGAUGACGACAUCGAGGUCCUUGACCCAGGGAAAGGUGGAGAGACAUCACCAAACAGACCUAACAGCAGGACACCGAGUAAGAAAAUAUCUCAGCCGCCCCCUGGUGGUCUUCUUGACUCCAUCUCCAACAUAUUUGGCAGACGUCGAUCAACCAAUUCUUUUAGCACCUCACCAGAAAAUACGGAGACAUCGUCAGGGGUCUGUGCUGAAGUGCGAGUCCCAUCCACUGCUCUGCACGUCUUUGAAGCACAUGAAGGUGAGGUGAAUGCCGUCAGGUUCAGCCCCGGCUCCCGCCUCCUGGCUACUGGUGGAAUGGACCGCAGGGUGAAGCUGUGGGAGGUUGUUUCAGGUCGCUGUGAGUGUAAAGGAGCUCUCACUGGCAGCAACGCAGGAAUCACCAGCAUCGAGUUUGACAGCUCUGGUUCUUAUCUUCUCGCUGCAUCCAAUGAUUUUGCCAGUCGCAUCUGGACAGUGGAAGACUACAGACUGAGGCACACACUGACAGGUCACAGUGGAAAAGUCCUCUCAGCUCGCUUCCUCUUGGACAACGCUCGUAUCGUCUCCGGAAGUUACGACCGAACCCUUAAACUGUGGGACCUUCGCAGCAAAGUCUGCAUGAAGACAGUGUUUGCUGGCUCCAGCUGUAAUGACAUUGUUUGUACUGAGCAGUGUGUGAUGAGUGGACACUUUGACAAGAAGGUUCGAUUCUGGGACAUUAGAGCAGAGAGCAUCGUCCAAGACCUGGAGCUCCAGGGCAGAGUCACAUGUCUGGAUCUGAACCACGACAGAACUGAGCUGCUCACCUGCUCCAGGGAUGAUGUCAUCAAAAUCAUUGACCUGCGCACAAAUGCUGUUAAACAAACUCUUGGAGCCCAGGGUUUCAAAUGUGGAGCAGAUUGGACCAGGAUCUCUUUCAGUCCAGACGGCAGCUAUGUGGCAGGAGGCUCGGCUGAUGGAGCGCUGUAUGUGUGGAAUGUUUUAACAGGAAAUGUGGACAGAAUUCUGGAUCGGAACCACAACUCUGCCAUCAAUGCUGUGUCAUGGUCCCCAUCAGGAACGUAUGUGGCGAGUGUGGAGAAAGGAAGCAGGGCCAUCCUGUGGUCAGACAUGUGACUUAGUAGCACGGAACCAGUUACUGGAGACAGAGACUCUGAUGAUGCUGCUCGUCGCCACAUGUUUUCUUGUUUUAAAAGUGUAAAAUUUGUCAUAAGACUGCCACCACUGUUAAAAAUGGUUCAGCUGCACAACUUCAAUAAUGUUGGACAGACACCCGCCCCUCAGCUUCCACCUCCUCUUGGCCCUUCAUCUCCUCUUCAUAUUCAAAAAGCCAGACUGAGAUAUGGUUGAUUCAUACCUGGUUUUAACACUGUUCUCUUGCACAUACAAAUACUUAACUGUUUCCCUGUCUGUUUUGUUGUUGUUUUUUUAAUCACAUACUCUUGAUUAAUAUACAUGUGUUGUGAAUAUCUGCAAAAUGAAGGUAAGUCUACAUUGUGUGGAAAAUUAAAAUCAUCACAGAGUUA